AUGGAUACCACUAUUCCGCAAAUCACCAUUACCUCUCCCACAGGUGACCAAGUCCCUGUCCAACUCUUCCCGCUGCCCGCGCCCAAGGGCGCCAGAGUUAAGGUCUGGGAGUUCUUUGAGACAGAACCAGAAACAGAAACAAAUGCCGCGCCAUCUUUCGGUACAUACCCCGUCCAACUUUCACUUGUUCUCAUGGGAAUUGAAACUAAUGAGGAACUAGAUUGGGAUAACGCAAGUUUUGAUGAUGCUCUGAGGAAUCAUCUUGGGGCGAGAGUCAGUGAUAAAAAGAAAAAGUGGCUGGGCUGCAAGACAGCAAAGAAACUUCUUCAAGACGGUGGGGUGGAAUGGGACCCCAAUGCCCCUGAGUCCGAGUCCGAGCCUGAGAAUGGUAAUAAUGAGAAGGAUGAGGAUGAGGAUGAGCCACCCAAGAAGAAACGCCGAGUAUAG